AUGAGGCAGGGCCCGCACAUCUAUGCCAUUUACAAGUAUGAGAAGAACAUCCCCGAAAAGGUCGUCGCUGCCCUAUACGCUGCGGGUUUCGUCUCCGGCGCAAUCUCGGCCUCCUUCGCCGGUGAACUCGCUGAUCGAUACGGCCGUCGUCUUGCCUGUAUCACAUACUGCGUGACCUACAUUCUCACCUGCCUGACGAUGCUCACCGAUGACCUCUUCAUUCUGUUCCUCGGCCGAUUCUGCGGCGGCAUCUCGACGACCCUUCUCUACAGCGUGUUCGAGGCAUGGCUGAUCACGGAAUACAACCAGCGUGGUCUGUCGCGGACGAGACUCAAGUUGGGCGCCGUCUUCGGUAACAUGACCACCAUUAGCUCCAUUGUCGCGAUUCUCUCUGGCGUCGUCGGUGACAUCUUGGUUAACACGCUGGGCGGUCGUGUCUGGCCUUUCAUGGCAAGCGUGGCAUGCUCCGCAAUUGCCAUGUGGCUGAUCUUGGGAAAAUGGAAGGAGAACUACGGAACCAAGCAAGCCGGCCCGGCGACGUCGUCCCUUGCAGAUGUUAAGAGCGGAAUCCAGAUGAUCAUGGGAGACAAGCGCGUCCUGUCCUUGGGUCUGACGUCGACCUUUUUCGAGGGGGCCAUGUACCUCUUUGUGUUUUUCUGGUCUGCGGCGCUCAAGAGCGCAAGAACGAAGUCCGGCUCGGAUGAGGAGUUGCCCUUUGGACUGAUCUUCUCGAGCUUCAUGUGUGCUAUGAUGGGCGGCUCCGCAUUCUUCUCACUCUAUACCAAGACUCACACCAAGGAGACGACCUCAAUCAUCCUGAUGCUCGUGGUGCUCGUCGUGAGCUGCUGCCUCUCGGCGGCUGUCCUGGUCGACAGCGAGAAGUUGCUAUUCUGGGUACUGUGUAUGGUGGAGGCCAGCAUCGGUGCCUACUUUCCCAGCAUGUCGUUCCUGAAGAGCCAGGUUGUCGAGGACGGCGUACGAGGGCGUGUGUACAGCCUGUUGAGGCUUCCACUCAAUGUGUUCGUUGUCGUGGCCCAUAGCCUGGAUGAAGAGGGCGACGGUCACCGGAACAGCGUCUUCGUCACUUGUGCUGUGUUACUGAUGUUGUCCUACUUCAUUGUCAAGAAAAACUUUGAUCCAAAGGUUUAA